AUGUCGACCCCCAACAUCGCUCAAGAUAUGCCUGACUUCUUCGGUCUGCCCUCGAAUGACUUUGGGGAUGAUUUCGAGUUGAGCACUGAACCCACCAUGCUUUCUCCCAAUCAGAUCCCCACUGGCCUCAUGGCCGUCAAGGACUCUGUGGCAGGUGCCCCUUCGGGCACCAUCUCGCCCAAGGACUUGUUCAUGGAUGCGUCGGCACCUCCGUCGACCUCAUUCACUGAUCUCAGCACUCCUUCCUUUGAGUCUCCCGGCUAUUUCAGCCAGGACACUUCGCCCAUGUUCCCCACCGAUCUGGAGCUGGGCCCUGGCUCCGAGGAGUGGGGUCCGCUCUUCCCUGCUCAAGAUGACUUCUCGGCCUUCGACUCCGCCGCCUUGGAUGUUGCACUCGCUCUCUCCCAGCCCGAGACUAAGCCCGCAAAGGAGGUCUCUGUUCCUCCGUCUCCUGCGAUUCGCAACUCUGCUUCGCCCGCUCCUUCUCCUGCGCCAAGCAAGUCCGGUGUUAAGCACUCCACCGUCGCCGGUGUCAAUGCUCGUCAACGCAAGCCAUUACCCCCUAUCAAGGUUGACCCCAGCGACCCUGUCGCGUUGAAGCGUGCUCGCAAUACCGAGGCUGCUCGUAAGUCUCGUGCUCGCAAGCUUGAACGCCAGGAUGAGAUGGAGCGACGCAUCCGUGAGCUCGAGAAGUCUCUGGAAGAAGCUCAGCAGCGUGAACAGUACUGGAAGGCCCUUGCCCAGAAUAGGGGUUGA